AUGAUACACGGGGGAGAAUUGUCAAUACAAGUAAUCUUUGUUUACCCGCUUGAUCGAUUCGAUCGGAGAAGGCCGGAAAAGCUCGAAGGUCCGUCGAUGGGGAGCUAUGUGGAGAAAGCUCGUGAAAAUCACGUGAAGAAGAAGGUUGAAGAAGCGCUGCGUAGCAAGAUGAAGGCAAAGGCACUAAACGAAUGUGAUCAGUACGUCUCAAAGUAUGCCGAAUGCGCGACGGGAAGAACGUUCUCUGUGGUGUGGAGUUGUCGUAAGCAAGCUAAAGAGCUCAACAGCUGCCUCCAUCAGUUCACCAAUGACACAGUCUUGGAGGAAAUGAAGAGAGAGUACAUGCUUCAAGAAGAGGGUAAAGUCUCUGCGUCUGCAAUAUAA